AAUCUUGUACAGACAUCAGCUAAUGUUUGAACCUUAUCGAACAUAUUACCCGGAAAAAAUUAACAAAAGUCUCAGUAGCAACAACAGAAGAGCACCCACUCUUGUUAGCUCGAAUUCAUUGUAUUCAAGGAAAAAAAAGGAUAAACGUGAUAGCAUUGCCCAUCUAGACAUUAUUUCUCCAUCACCAUUCAGGUCAACAUAUUUAAAACGAACGACAACAACUGAUAAACCAAGGACAAAGGAUCGUGCCAAGUCAUUUCGAUCAACAGCCAAUCGUUACCAUCGUUUAGAUCAUCAUUAUUCCAAAAACUCCCUGUCAUCAAAAAAGAUACCCAACAACACCAAAUACAACAAGUCUGUCUAUCACCUUACUGAUGAAGUAUCAAGUUUAAGCAAAAUGUCCUUUGAUAAAGAUACAUUGGAUACUUUUUGUUUCCAUUGGCCUGCAAUGCAUUGUUAUGUCCUUGUUCGUAUCUUGCCACACUCGAUUGCCAUCCUACCGAUUAGAACAAGACUGGCCUUUUUAUAUUUUUGUCAUGCUCCUCGUCCUCGUCAACCAUCAUUUGCCUCUUUUCAAAACCAGCAACAACAACAACAACAACAACAACAACAACAAAAUAGUCGACGACUUCAAACAGUAUUUCAAUCUUGGAAGCACACUCUUGCCUUCAACGAUUCAUCUUCCUCUUCUAGCGAUGAUGAUUCUUCUGCUGUUGAUCAUUCAUCAUCUACCUAUUCUUCAUAUCUUGAACGCCCCUCUUCAUUUCGACAACAUAAAAUGGAAUCUAAACCUAUGUACACCAACAAUGCAAGACAUGCAUAUAAGCGAUCACUCUCUUCCACCUCUAUCGACAACAACUUGAAUGAUGCAGUGACUUUGACCGAUGUUUUGAAAGAUCAUCGUACCAGUGACGUAUGUUGGAUUCAUGCUUCUUGUAAACUCCAGCCACAGACGAAUGACGACGACAAGAACAACAAGUUUGUGGUUUUGCGAUCCAAGCGUACAACUCUUGAACUCAAGGCACGAUGUUUUUCGGAGAAAAAAAUGUUUAUCAACCUUUUCAAACUGAAUCAACAACUUUCCUCAAAAGCUUCAUCACCAUCACUAUCUCGACGGAUCAUCAAGCAAAACAACUUGAUCGAACAACUAGAAAUACGAAAUAAAGCAGCGAUGACUCAAUGUAUGGAAUUGAUGGAACAAAUCGACAAACAUAAAACCGAUAUUAUACAGUAUCAAACAAAAUGCGAUCACUUGGAUGGACAAUUGGAAACACUUUUACAAUCGGUUCAAUACCAAAAGGAACAGCAUGGGGAUUUUGAAGAUAUGGAACACUCGAUCAGGACUGUGCAAGAUGAAUUGACGUCUCAUAUGGACGCUUUUAAUAAGUUACAUCAACACAUUCUUACUCGUCACGCUGGGAAGACCGCAUCUUUCUCCUGGAUACUGGAAAAUUCAUUUAGACACCUGGAUCGGUUCCAAUACAUUCAUUCAUCUAACAAUGGUACUCUACAUCUUUGCAUCGGGAUUGGUAUUGGACUCUUGGCUACCUUGUUGACUCUCAUCUUUGGGUAUCAUUAUAGCUGAUGUUUAGUUUAUUUUAUGCAACCUAGACA